GUCGCCGGCGAGCCGCAGAGCCCGCAUCACUUCAAGCGCGCACGAGGCUGUUGCCGCUUGGGUACAGCGACACGCUUCGCCCUGCACUGGACAAGCCGCCUGCUCCCGGACUCUGCCACCCACCUCCUCUCUCUCUCCCACACCUUCUCCGUGGAACGCGUCAUAAACAUCGUCAGUCAACGUUCUCAGUUGGCCACGACACGACGCCCAGGACGGACGAGCUGGAGGAGCGCCCAGAACAGUCGGCCGGCGGUCGGACGGACUGCUUCAACUGUAACGGGAAGAAAACCAAUAAGGUCACAUCGAAUCAUGCUGAACAAAGCUUCCUCGGGUGGUACGGAAUUCCCGUUCUCGUCGAUGCUGAAAGAGCAAGUCUGCAACGACACAGGGAAGAAGCCUUUCGAGUUCGCGGGUUGCAACACAAAAAUUGGUCACGGGCAUGAACUCAAAACCAAUCAUGGAACUCAUACAGCAGAAAAGCGUUUCGAAUGCACUGUUUGUAAUAAGGAGUUCACUACAACGGGCCAUCUUAAAAUUCAUCUCAGAACCCAUACCGGGCAGAAGCCUUACGAGUGCGCAGUUUGCAAUAGGAAGUUCAGCCAAAGAGGGAACCUCCAAAAACAUCUAAAAAUCCAUACAGGGGAGAAGCCUUUCGAGUGCACGGUUUGCAAUAGGAAGUUCAGUCAAAGAGGGAACCUCCAAAGCCAUCUAAAAAUCCAUACAGGGGAGAAACCUUUCGAGUGCGUAGUAUGCAAAAAGAAAUUCGGCAGUGUAGUUGAUGUCAGAAAACAUGCUAGAACUCACACAGGAGAAACGCCUUUCAAGUGCAUGGUUUGCAAUAAGAAAUUUAGUCAAAUCAGUAAUCUGCGAUCUCACCAGAAAAUCCAUACAGGAGAAAAACCCUUCAAAUGCACAAUUUGCAAUAAGGCAUUUAAAGACAGUGGUUAUCUGAAAACGCACUUUAGAACCCAUACAAGGGAGAAGCCUUUUGAGUGCACAGUUUGUAACAAGACAUUUGGUUAUCAACAUGCUCUCCAAAUUCAUCUCAGAAUCCAUACGGGAGAGAAGCCAUUUGAGUGCUCAGUUUGCAAUAAGAAGUUUAGCCAAAGUGGUAUUCUUCAAACUCAUCUUAGAACCCAUUCAGGGCAGAAGCCCUUCGAGUGUGCAGUUUGCAACUCGAAGUUUAGUUCUAACAGUUACCUCCACGCUCAUCUCAGAACCCAUUCAGGAGAGAAGCCAUUCGAGUGCGAAGUUUGCAAUAAGAAGUUCAAAAGAAAAAGUGAUCUCCAAACUCAUCUUAGAACUCAUACAGGGGAGAAGCGUUUCGAGUGUGCAGUUUGCAACAAGAAGUUUGGCACUGAAAAUAGUGUUAAAAUCCAUGUUAGGACCCAUACAGGAGAGAAGCCUUUCGAGUGCACAGUUUGCACGAAGAAGUUUAGUCGUAAACAUGUUCUCAUGAUUCAUUUAAGAACCCAUUCAGGGGAAAAGCCCUAUAAGUGCACAGUGUGCAAUAAGAAAUUCAAUGAUAGAGGCAAUCUGUUCAAACAUUUAAGAGCCCAUUUGGGGCAGAAGUCUUUGGAGUUGGAGUGCGUAGUUUGCAAAAAGAAGUUUGGCACUGGACAGGGACUCAAAUACCAUGCUAGGACCCAUACAGGGGACAAACCUUUCAAGUGCAUGGUUUGCAAUAAAAAGUUUUCGGCAGCAGGAAGUCUUAGAACUCAUCUUAGAACACAUACAGGAGAGAAGCCUUUCGGGUGCACACUUUGUUACAAGACGUUUUCUCAAGCAGGCAACCUCAGAACUCAUCUCAGGAUCCACGGGGGAAAAGCUUGUUAAGUGUGCAAUUUGCAAUAAGACUUUUAGCCAGAAGGUUGACCUUAAACGUCAUCCCACAAUUCAUAGGGAGAUGCCUUUGUAUGAUUCCAUGUAAAGAUAUCUUCAGUCGAGCCGGCAGCUGUACUCAUUUCCGAACCCACAGAGCAUGACGCCAACUUUUUAUUUAUCUCUAGAUGACCAGGCCUAGUGGUAGCAUGUGGAAAUAUCGAAUUAUGAAUGCAGACAAGUGACUCGAAUAGUUUUUUGAAAGUUUUGGCAUAUUGUGAAGUUAUGUUAGUUAUCCACAGUUUCCCCUUGCUACUGUUGAAUUUGACUUUUCGAGAGACGUGCAUUAACACGGGAAUCUUCAAAUUUCUUACAGCUGAGAAUGCCUAUGUUUUAACCGAUUUUGCGUUGAUGCACUCGUUUCCCGAGCAUGUUGAUGGUCGAAACUACU